GUUCACGUGCCGACCACUCACACGCUCCGUUAAAUAAGACUUCGUUUCACUUACAGAAAUAUGAUCACAGCCACGGUGUGAGCAUGCAGUGCAUCUCAACUCAAUGACUUGUCAGCCGCUACAGCGAUCGGUAACAGCGGAUGCUUCGUUUGACGGGUAGGUAGCAUACAAACUCUGUAUGCACCGCUUCCCCUCUCACACAUCUUCUCCCUCCUCCGCCUCAACAGAAUGUGUCUCUACGCAGCAUUCAAGCACUCCUUACCACCUUUUCUCUCACCAAAACCGUCUCCUGUGAGUCAAACUACCGGAUUAAUCCUCUCCCAUAUCCCUUCGGGCAGAACCUGCCAAACAACGGCGCCGACUGGCCGAAAAACCAGGUAUGGGAACUCGGCUUGGUUCGGAAUAUCACUUACAACACCGACUUUGGACAUUACACUAUUGCCCUGUGGCAGGACCAGAUCAGUCCUCCCUCGCCGUGGAAGGUUGAUUAUGUUUAUGGUUCGUAAGCAUGCUGUUUCGCGGAUACGAAAAGCGAUGAUGCUGAAAGCGAGUCAAACCUACGGGUCCCGGCAAUGUGACCAACCAUACCGGCACGCAAACUUUACAGUGGGUUGUGCAGACAUAUGGUGAGCCGUCCGCAUUGCUGAAGCUUACAGUGAUCGGGCUGACUUGGGGCGAAACUAGGUAAUAACACCUCCCAGAUCACGAACCCCGUGUUCUGGCUGUGGAUCGCCGAUUUGAACAGCAACCGGACUAUCAUCUCGCACACAUU